AUGUAUUCCGAAGAUCAAUCAAACGCGACGUUCAGUGAUCUCCCUCCCGAGAUCCUCCUCCAAGUAAUCCGCUCGGCCAAUCUGGGAGGGAACAUCCUCCCACUCCGCCUGGCCUCCCAGAGGCUGCACAAAGCCAUCGACCACCAAGCCACGCUCCUGCUCUGCGACCUCCGCAACUCCUACAACCUCCCACAUAUCCUUACGGAUUCAGCGCCAUCGCCUUGCGCAUCGGCGCUGCCCAAAGACGACUCUCACCUCCUCAAUCUCCUCACCCUGCAAACCUCCCUCUCCCACCUCCUAUCAUACCCCACCCUCUCCCACUCCACCGAAACAGCCACGCUCCCCUGCCUUCUGCUCACCUCCCAUCUCCACCGCCUCCUCACCAGCGCCCCAACACAGACCUCCUCCUCUCCACCCGCGAUCCUCUGCCCCUCCACAACCCUCCUCACCAGCACCACCACGCCCCUACCGCCACCCUACCUCGCCGCCCUCUCCUCCCUCCCGCUCCACGACCUCGACACCUUCCUCGACGGCGUAAACGUAACAUGCACCGUACUCUGGCGCGCCGUCGAGGCCUGCUGGGCCGCCAAGCCCUGGGCCGUCGGUGUGGACGCCGACCUCGAGCGUGCCGUCGUUGCCGAGAUCGCGCUGUGGCGCGGCGUCCGGUGGUGUCUGGACGCACUGCGCGGUGUGAGAGAGGGGCGGAUUCGGGAUUUCGAGGCGUUGUUUGGGGCGUAUGUCGCACCGCUAGCUAGGGAGGGCGAGGCUGAGGUGGUACCUGCGCUGGAGGACACAGGGGAGGAGAGCGGUGGUGUCGUCAUCCGUGGAAGCGUGUGGCGGGGCCGUCAGGAAGAGGCGACGAAGUUGGCGACCGGUGGGCUGGCGGCGUGGCUGUGGGGGGAGAGGAAGCGGAGGCAUCAGGAGGAGGUGGCGGCGAAUGGCGGGAAGCCUUUGGAGGGCGUCAGGGUCUUUCUGGGGGUGGGCGUGCUGUAG